UGGGUUGGCUUGGUUGAAAGUGGCUCGCUGCAAAAAAAUGUUUCUCAAGAAGGUUACAGAGCAGGGGGUGAGGAGAGUGUAGCUAUCAGGAGGCGUACUUUCUGAAGGAACGUUUGACAGCUCGCCAUGCUUUAUCUAAAAAUAUAAGGACUGUAAGAAAACCUUGACACUCGAGUUAAUUCAAGCUGAAGUAGUUUUCCUGAGGAAGAGCGCAGGAUGCCCGUCAAAGGAGGAGGAAGAGCCGCGUAUGCGAGCAAAAGCGACAGCGCUGGAGGCUCAGGAAUGGAGGAGACCGUGUGGGAGCAGUACACUGUGACUCUACAGCGGGAUGCUAAGAUGGGUUUUGGGAUAGCUGUGUCUGGGGGCAGGGACAACCCUAAUGUGGACACCGGUGAGACCUCCAUCAUCGUGUCUGAUGUUCUGCAGGGCGGCCCAGCCGACGGCUUACUGUAUGAGAAUGACCGGGUUAUACAGGUCAACACUAUCCCCAUGGAGAAUGUGCCUCAUUCCUUUGCUGUGCAGCAGCUCCGAAAAUGCGGGAAAGUGGCCAAAAUAACGGUGAAGAGGCCUCGCAAGGUUGCCGUCCUCAAGCGCCCUCCAUCUCCAGACAGGGACAGCCGGGACUACAAUCUGUCCAGCUACUACCCUGAGGACAACCGCAGCACGCACAGCGACCCGGACUCAGACUACCCCAGAGGGAACGGGGGCCUGGGCUACCCCCGUGAGCGCGAUCGCAGCCUGGACAAGGGCCGCAUGGGCUACUUGGAGCCGGACUACCGCAGGCCGGACUAUGACCCGGGGAGGCGGGAGCGAAGCCGUGGCCGCAGCCUGGAGAGAUCACCCAGCCCUGACAGGGGCUACCGGCGGGACGGGAGCCGGGGACGUACACUGGAGCGUGGUGCCAGCCCUGAUAGCCGCUACCACAGUCAUGGGGGUGGGGGGAGUCCUGCAGGAAGCUACGGGAGAGACCCUGGGCCAGGUUACGACUCGAGGAGAUACGAACCGCGCUCAGAUGACAGAAUGAUGAGGAGUCACAGCAGAGACCGGCUGCAGGAGCACUCACCAUCACCCAGCAGGGGGCGCGGGAGAGACUGGGGUCACCUGGAGCCACUGGACACGCCCAUCAACGUGUUGCUGGUAAAGAACCGACCCAACGAAGAGUAUGGUCUCCGAUUGGGCAGCCAGAUCUUCAUCAAAGAGAUGACCAGCAGUGGACUAGCUGCCAGAGACGGACACCUGCAGGAGGGAGACAUCAUUCUGAAGAUUAACGGGACCGUGACUGAGAAUCUCUCUCUGAGCGACGCAGGGAAGCUGAUUGAGAAGUCUCGGGGGAAGCUGCAGCUAGUGGUGCAGAGGGACCACAGGCAGAUUCUGGUGCGCAUCCCAGCCCUCGCUGACAGCGACUCUGAGCCUGACGAUAUCUCCGAGAUGGAGUCGUACCACUCCUACUCACCGCAGGAAGACCAGAGGUCGCGGCAGUCUGACCUCUCCUCACACUCCUCCAAUGAGGUGCCGCGAGAGAACGUCAGGGAGGACCCCCAGAGCAGACUGCCCAAGAUCGCUGCCACUUCUUCCCCUUACAGGCUGAUGGAAGAGCCGGCUGCAGUGCAGGAGGAGCGAGGAGAGCCGAGACCAGAGGAGCCUCCAGCAGCAGUCAAGACAACACCCAAAAUCCUGUUGCGGCCCAGUCCUGAGGAUGAGGAGAUGUAUGGGCCGAACACUAUGAUGGUGAGCUUUCAGAAGGGGGAGAGUGUAGGCCUGAGGCUUGCUGGGGGAAAUGAUGUGGGUAUCUUUGUUGCGGGUGUUCAGGAGGGCAGUCCUGCGGAGGAGGAAGGACUUCGUGUGGGUGACCAGAUCAUGAAGGUCAAUAAUGUGGAUUUUCGGGGUAUUGUACGUGAGGAGGCGGUGCUGUUCCUGCUGGAGUUGCCCAGAGGAGAGAACAUCACUAUACUGGCACAGAGCAAACCUGACGUUUACGAAGACAUCCUGGUGUCCGGCCGAGGAGACUCAUUCUUCAUUCGGACGCACUUUGACUACGAGAAGGAGCAGCCUCAGUGCUUGGCCUUUUCCCGAGGAGAGAUCUUCAAGGUAGUGGACACGCUGUAUGACGGCAAGCUAGGCAACUGGUUGGCCAUCCGAGUGGGCAAGGAAAACCAGCUGCUGGAGAAAGGAAUCAUCCCCAACAAGAGCAGAGCAGACCAGAUGACUAAUGUCCAGCACACUCAUAAGGGCUCGAGCGGUGACAGGGCUGAUUUCUGGAGGCUCCGUGGCCAGAGAGCAUCCAAGAAGAAGGAUUUGCGCAAGAACCGAGAAGAUCUGAGCACUGGGCUCGUCUCCACCCGCUUCCCUGCCUAUGAACGGGUGGUGCUGCGAGAGGCUGGCUUCAGGAGGCCUGUGGUGCUGUUUGGACCCAUAGCUGAUGCCGCCAUUGAAAAACUAGCCGCUGAACUCCCUGAGGAGUUUGUCGUUGCCAAAACCGAACCCAAAGAUGCAGGGUCGGAGAAGUCUUCCGGGGUGGUGCGUCUCAACACCAUCCGACAAAUCAUUGAACAGGACAAGCAUGCCCUGCUGGACGUGACUCCUAAGGCCGUGGACACACUGAACUACACGCAGUGGUAUCCCAUCGUCAUCUUAUUCAACCCAGACAGUAAGCAUGGAGUGAAGACCAUGAGGCAGAGGGUCAUGCCCAACUCUAACCGCAGUGCCCGCAAGCUUUACGAUCAGGCCGUCAAGCUCAGGAAAUCCUGCUCACAUCUCUUCACUGCUGUUAUUGAUCUGAACGCAGCCAAUGAUGCGUGGUACGGCAGCGUGAAGGAGUGCAUUCGGCAGCAGCAGACCCAGGCAGUGUGGGUGUCCGAGGGGAAGCUGGACGGGACAGAGGGGGACCUUGAUCUCCAUGACGACCGCAUGUCAUAUCUGUCAGCCAUGAGCGCUGACUAUCUGAGCAUGGACAGCCGUGUGACCAGUGACUAUGAUGACACGGCUGACGAGGGCGGGGCUUACACAGAUAACGAGCUGGACGAGCCACUGGAGCGUCAGCGAGUGUCAGCCAUCAGCAGAUCCUCUGAGCCUGUCAUGCCAGAGGAGAUCCUCAGGAAGUCCAGCCCAGAGAUCCGCUUCCAUUCUCGUGUGGGUGCGGUCAACAGAGAGCUGCUGAGCGAAGGCAGUCCUCCAGUAAUGUCCACCUUUCUCCCCGACCCCUCCAAGGUGAAGCUGCUGGUUCAAAGCGAGGCAUCGCGCGGGCACUUCGACCCAUCUCGAGUCUACGACCCUCAUUCCAUCAACCCCACCAGCAACCCUGCAAUGAACCCUGCCAGCAACCCUGCAGUCAUCCCUGCCAGCAAUCUGCCCAGCAGCCCGGUCAGCCACGAGCCUCUCCGCGCCCACGACUCUCCCUCCAAACCCUUGCCACCACCCCUAGCCCUCAAGCCCUCCUCCGUGUCCCGUGUCUCCAGAGGCCAGGCAGACAGCCCGCCCCUCAGGGACCAUGAGCCCCCGGGCAAAAGCCCCGAGGACCCGUCCCAGAAAUCCUUCCUGGGCAAGGUGCGAGCCUUCGAGAAAAUGGACCACUUUGCCCGAGCACAGAGGAUGCUGGAACUACAGGAAGCCCAGAAUGCCAGGUUGGAGAUUGCACAGAAGCAUCCAGACAUCUAUGCCGUCCCCAUAAAAGCCCAGAAACUGGACCACAGCAGACCACAGCCUAUUGGAUCCAGCUCACGGCCGGAGCCACAGACUCCUCCCCCCAAACCGCCAUACUUGGAGAGCUGUUCGCCCUGCCCUGACAAGGAGGAGGGAGCUGAGGAGGAGUACAGGCGGCGGCUAGCUGACCAGACCAAGCGUGGCUACUACCCUGACGCACACAAAUAUCAGGACACAGAGCUGUAGCGCUGCUGUCUGCUUCAGCUCCCACAUUCUCCACCAUUCCUCCAGGCUCAGGCCUGCUCCAAACUGCUGCUGACACGGAAGCCUUUCUGCUUUUACUUUUCUCACACUGUUUCUUUUUUCUUUUUCACUUCAAAGAAGUCGAGACUCCCUGUCCAUGAGGAUAUGAUCUAAUUUUUUGUCUUAUCUUUCUUAAAAUAUAUAUCUAUAUAUAUACAUAUAUAUAUUUAUGCCAGUUCUUCUUUUUUUCCUUCGUCUGGAAGGAAUGAGCCACUUUUUUCUUGCCUAUGCAACUAUUUCAGUUUCUGCAGAGCAACUGAAAACAAGUCUUUGCUCCAUGACAACCUUAAGCCUGCCGUGUGCUACAGACCAGCUUUUUUGUUACUGUUUCUGUUUCUUCGUUCACGUGAGCCAGAUGAAGCGAAAUGUCUCCGAGACCAGUCUGAUAAGGCCGCUCUUUGGAGUGUGUCCUUCUCAGCCUGUGCAGUCCGUCAUUUCUGAUCAUUUGAGUGUAUGAUUAUAUGAUACAAUACACUGGAUUUUGUUACAACGUUUUGAAGUGCCUUUUACUUUCCGACUAAUACAGAGGUUUGGUGUACUUCACAGUCCAUCCCUCUGGACAAUACUAUUCUGCUGCUCACAAGCUUCAAGGACAAACAGGGAAUAAGACGACACCAAAACCCUUAAUACUGUAAUACUGUUCACCUGCCACCCUCGUCUUCACUGUUAGCAACAGCCAGGAGUGAUGAAGACUGUGCGGCGUGAUGUUUCCCACACCCUGGCUGAAGUCUGGAGAUGUGUGUUUGUGAGAGAAAGAGAGCGAGAAUGAGAGAGCGAGUGAGACCGAGGUUGUGUUGUGUUCUAAUUGCUGUUGUCACAGAUUUGUUUUAUCAUUCCUUACAGCAUUUCGUUUCAUUUCCAAUACGCUACAUUGUAUAUGUUGGUCUGCUGUACCUCCACAAAUUGGUUAAGAAGUGCUUUUAUAACUCAUGAAUGAUGUUUUGACGGCUUCCAGUUUGUGUGGAUAUUACAGUGAAUGAGUGAGCCGACUGGACGUUUCUGUUCAAGUCCGCUACUCUCGAGUUUCACUCUGCAACACCAAAUAAAAUGAACUGUACUGAAAUACA